AUGGCCACACGACUCGUCUGGAGGGUACAACGCGCGCGCAUCGGCGGUGUGGGCCUCGCGCCGGCCCUGUCGUCGCCAGGCGUGCUCUCAUCACGACCACUCCAUCUCCAGCGCGCAUACUCGACCCAGACACCUCCACCCCCACCCGCACCAUCCUCGCCUCCCCCUCCCCAGCAGCCAGAGUCGGCCCUCUCGCCAAGACUACAGCGCUACGCGCCCCGCCUGGCAAAGCUAGCACAACGCACAGGCGUCCCGCUCCCGACGCUCGCCGUGUCCUUUCUCGUACUGCACGAGCUGACCGCCGUGCUCCCCGUCGUGGGGCUGUACUACCUCUUCGCGGGGUUAGGCGCCGGCGCCGGCAUAGUCGGCUGGCUGGUGGGCGACGCGGCUGCCCCGGCGCAUUGGGAGGCCGAGGCGCGCACGCCCGGCGCAGAGGAUAAGGACAGGGAGGAGGAGCAGCGCUGGACACAUACCGUUCAUGCUUGGUACGCUGAAGGCCUUGCGCGCGCCGAGCGCGUCGGCCGGCAGUACGGCUUGUUCGGGUACGAGAAGGGCUCCAAGCCUGGCGAGGGGGGCGGGAGCGCCGCAGCGGGCACUGGCGCGGGCGCUGCGGGCGCGUUGGCGGACGCUGUCGCCGCGUACGUUGUCGUCAAGGCCCUCCUCCCACUCCGCAUCGCAGUCAGCGUCGCCGCUGCGCCGGCGUUUGCGCGCCUCGCCCUCCGCCCCUGGCGUGCGCUCACUGCACGGCUGCGCAGGUCGACAUAGAUGCUAUAUGCAUAG